AUGUCGAAUUUGCACCACGAUCAACGACUGCAGGAGUGCUAUGAUCAACUUCAUACUAUAGUCGCGCGUCGAAAUGAAUUGUUACGCGAGUUGUAUCGCAUGAUAGAGCGUAGAAAGGAUACUCAAUCCAGCUUUGAUGAUGUGGACCAUGAAAGCGAUGAGUUUCAACGUUUCCUGAAGAGGUUUGAUUUAUCUGCGGACACAGACCUCGGUUCCAUCACGAACUUAAGAGAGGAAGAAAUACCAUUUCUUUCGGAAACACUUUCAAAAUCUUCUCCCUCCUCUGUUUCUACGUCGGUAGUGGACCACAAACCGAGCCAAUCAACAAGAACAACACGCAGUCAGUCUCGUGCUACAGAACAGCCCCAAUCACCUUCACCCAUCCAUGAUAUUUCUCUCAAUGGCACUCCUACUGAAGCACAAAUUCAGCGCAUGUCUGAUGAUGAAGGCGACUUAAAAAAACGUCAAACUUCCGAGAUUCCAAGCCGCACAGAAAGCUCAGAUAAUGAAGAAGAUGAACUCGAACUGAUGAGGUCCUCUGCAUUAUCUGCUGAAGGCGAAGUUCGGCCUAGUCUUCCUGUCUUGGUUGAUAAGAUCCAAAAAGAAAUACCGUCCCCUUCUUCACAGACACUUCAGGGUCUACUCGAAGUGUCAAGUCCAUCGCUUUCACACCCACUUCCAUCUCGAUGUACACCCACGCCUACACAUACUACUGAGGACAUUGAGAUGAAAGCUUUAUCAGUGCCCAACACCCCGAAAUUGAAGCUGGAUCAAAUGGAAGGUCAAUCAGACAUAGACAUGACUUCACUUACAUAUAACAAUACUGGACCAUCAUCAGAAGGGAAUCACACGCGUGUCUCUCCAGAACCACCUCAACUUGCGAAUGUCGCGCCGGAUGUCCCGUUGGAUACCAUUCCCAUGGAAGUGGAUAAAGGCACUGAAAAAGAUGAGCAAGGCGAUGUGAAUGUCACAAAUGGGGAGGAUGAAAAGGCGGAGAAGGAGAGCGAUGUUGAGCAACACGGUCUUUUGGAAGAGAGCUCUAUGUCGGUCAAAAGGGAACCACCGUCUUCAACAAGCGUUACCGAACGUUUACGCAUUCAUAUCCCAUUGCCCCCUAGUAUUGAGCCAGAGGUAUUGAUACCGGCUCCCACUUCUGCAACACAUGAAGAACCAAUAUUUGUACUUGACGGUGUCACCUCUCCAGUACCACGAUCUGACUCUCCCAAACUGCCGGUAGAAUCCCGCAUCAAUUCAGUCGAUGCCUACACAUUGCCUCCCUUGAGCAUAAUGCCGCCAGAAUUCAGUAAUCGUAAAACAAAAUCUACCAAACGCAAGCGGGAUCGAGAUGGCAAGCGAGAUAAAGAUAAGGAGAAGGAGAAAGAAAGGGAAAAGGACAAGGACAAGGAUGACGCCGUUCCUCUUGGCUUGAAUAGAUGGGGCGCAACAGUAGUGGCAAACCCUGUUUGGAAAAGGGUAGCACGAGCAACUAAAUGUUUGAGUACUCGCGAAUGGGGGGUUGCAAUGAACGAACUACGCUUGAUCCGCACCAUUGAAAGGAUUGAGGCGCUUAAGGAUAGCGGUAGAUGGUCAUUCAGGCAGCCGAAAAAGCAACGCGGGGUGGGUGGCUUAGUGAAAACACAUUGGGACCACCUUUUAGAUGAGAUGAAAUGGAUGCGCAUUGACUUUCGUGAAGAAAGAAGAUGGAAAAUGGCGCUGGCAUACAACCUUUCGACGGCCGUUCUCGAAUGGCACCUUGCCAAAACACCCGAAGAACGUCAACGUACAGGGAUUUGCGUAAAAUGGCAAACUUCCCUUUUCAGGACUAAUGCUGUUAGCUCUUCUCGAGCGGUGAGUGUAGAUGAUGUCCAACAAGAACCAGUCAACACACAAUUGCUCGACGACAACUAUGGAACCGAUGACGACGAUGAAGAUGAACAAGAAAAGGCAUUUAGCGUCACCGACGCUUUAGAACCUGCAAAUAUUAUUCAGGAAUCCAUGGAGCUUGACAUACAGCCCAAGAGUGAAGAAGUUGACGAACAGUCUGCCAUCGCGAUUCUUCAUCAAAUCCCCCAGUCCGAUCUUAGUCAAGAAAGUCAUCCCACUUUAACCGGAAGCGCCAAUCCCACCAAUGCGUUGAAAAAUUCAUCGACCGAUCCCCUUUUAGGAGGCUUAAAGUCAAGUUCUCAGUCAACCAACGGAGAUGCUGAGGCUACAAUAACUGUAAAACCGUCUAAAUCAGAUCUUGUUCCUCUACAAGAGCGAAUUGUUUACACUGGAGACGAUUCUCUUUUCAUUGAUUUGGAUAACAUCCGUAUUCAAGACUCGACCAAGGAUAAAGGAGAUGCAUUUGAGCCCAUAGACCUACCUUCUCUAUUUCCGGAUCUUCAACCAUUGGGUCUUCUUGAUGUUGCACAUCCUGUGGUUCCAGCAGACGGCAAGAGGAAGGUCGACAAGAAAUCGGACAGAGAUGAUCCCCAUAAAAGGGUCGAGGAUAUUACAUACACCAAGCUUUAUCCUACUGGUCGAUUUAUGUUCACGAAGCCAACGUUAAUCGGACCUCUCCAACCCGCCAAGAAAUGGAAGGACGGGAAAUGGUUACCUCUGGACUAUUUUUCAGUUGUUCCAGAGACAGAAAAUGGUAUUCGAAUUCCAGAAGAAAGCGCUAGUGAUCUUUUCGAUGUUAGGCCAAGUAUGUCAUCGCAGCAUUCUAUGCCAAAAACGCAGCGUAUCAAAGAUGGAGAGGAUAAGGAAAAACACGCUUGGACGGCGAACGAUGACCUUUUGUUGAAGACCAUUAUAGACAAGUACUCGACGAACUGGCAGCUCAUAGCUGAUACUUUUAACGCAACUCGCCUUUCGACGCCGACCGAUGUACGAACCCCAGUCGAUUGUGCCGAGCGUUGGAAAGAGAAAUGGAAUCCUGAUCGCAAGUUGCAACUUCCUGAGACAUCUCAGUCUUUGACAGAGGAAGCUUCGACUUCUGGGAGCAACGCACAAUCCAACAUGCUCACGCGAGCGGUCAAGCGCCUCGCCAGCACUGGCACAACAAACAUGUCGUCGUCACUGAAUUCCGCAGCCUCCACUGAGGCUCGCAAGCGAAGGCGACACAUUCUACUCAAUGAAGCCGUUCGAAAAGCUGUUAAGAAAAGGAAUGAAGCGGCACAGAAGGCUAUUGCGAAUCAAAGAAAACCGCCCGCGGUCCACGAGACUCACAACCAAUUCAACAAGUUACCGAAAUUGAGUCCUCAAGAACUCAGCCGUAUGAAAGCAGAAAAGGAUCAGCGAGAUAGUCAGGAGGCAGCUCUGGUAAGAAAACGACAAGAAGAGCAACAACGACAAAACCUGUUGUUACGAGAGCAGCAGCAACGACCAAAUGUUACAGUGCAACAGCAGCAGCAGCCCCCGCAGCCUCCCCAACAAACCCCUCAACCUCAGCCCACAAAUGCUGUACAGCCACUUCAGCAACAGGCACAAUUUCCUCAGCAACUCGCUCAACUACAACAACUGCAAGCACAACAACAGGCAAAUCAGCGCCAAAAUAUAACUGGUAUAACAGUGAUGCCGAAUCGGCCGGCUAGGAUAACAGCGAAUGCCAAUGGCCGACCGGUCGGGCCGCAAGCCCUACAAGCCCAAGCCCAAGCCCAGCUUUUACAAGCCCGAAUGCAGCCUCAAAUACAUCCAGGCGGGGGGGCAACUAAUCUGCCACAAGGGCUCCUUGCGCCAAACCAAGGGGGUGGAACUGCCCUUCAUCCGUCAACCGGUGCCUUUUAUGGGUUGGCACAAAAUAUGACUCAAGAACAGGUUGAACUCUUUCGUGCUCAGUUACUGACCGCACAGCAGCAACAGCAGCAGCAGCAACAGCAGCAGCAGCAACAACAACAACAACAACAGCAGCAGCAGCAGCAGAAUCAAUCUGCCCAGAGCAAUUUCGGUGCUCAGCCCUAA